AUGGACGCCUUCUCAGGAUACAACCAGAUACGGAUGGCGGAAGAAGACCAGGAAAAGACCGCCUUCAUCACAAGCCAAGGACUCUACUGUUACAGGGUGAUGCCAUUUGGGCUGAAGAAUGCCGGGGCUACGUACCAGAGGUUGGUGAACAAAAUGUUCAGCCAACAAAUUGGCAGGAACAUGGAAGUGUACGUGGACGAUAUGCUCGUCAAGAGCAAAGAAGAGCUCGCACACCUGGACGACCUGAAGGAGACAUUUACAACCCUCAAAGCACACCAGAUGAGAUUGAAUCCAAGUAAGUGUAUCUUUGGGGUUGCUUCGGGAAAAUUCCUGAGAUUCAUGGUGUCCCAAAGAGGAAUAGAAGCAAACCCAGAAAAAGUGCAAGCCAUCAUCAACAUGACGUCCCCCAGGACCAUCAAGGAAGUUCAAAAACUCACCGGAAGGAUAGCGGCUUUAAACAGGUUCGUCUCUAGGGCCACAGACAAAUGCCUGCCCUUCUUUAAGACCUUGAAGCCGGCCUUUGCUUGGACUGACGAGUGCGAAGCGGCUUUCCAAGAACUGAAGCAAUAUCUGAGCAACCCGCCUCUUCUAAGCCCGUCCAAAGAAGGAGAAAACCUAUACCUGUACCUGGCGAUGUCAGCCUUGGCAGUGAGUGCAGCUUUGAUUAAAGAAGAAGGCAAGAAGCAACUCCCGGUCUACUACAUCAGCCAAGCCUUCCAAGGAGCUGAGUUCAGAUACCCAAGGAUCGAAAAGAUUGCGUUUGCACUAAUAGUAGCCUCACGCAAGGUCAGUCAAUUUGACAUCGAGUACCAUCCAAGAACUGCUAUCAAGGCGCAAGCUCUGGCCGACUUCAUCGCUGAAUUCACUCUCCCAAAUGAAGAUGGAAUUCCUGACGGAGUUGAUAAAUGGACAAUACAUACAGAUGGUUCGUCAGCCAAAAAGAAGGGAGGAGUAAGGGUCGUCAUAACCACCCCCGACGGAGAAGUGAUGAAAUAUGGGGUCCAACUAAAGUUCCCAGCCACGAAUAAUGAAGCCGAGUAUGAAGGAAUACUGACGGGCUUGAGGCUUGGGAAAGCUCUUGAUGCCAAAAACUUGUUGAUCCAGAGUGAUUCAAAGCUGGUAAUCGGACAGAUCAGGGGAGAGUACGAGGCAAAGGAAGAAAAGAUGCAAAAAUACCUAAAACUGAGGAGACAACUAACUCAGGAGUUCGAUACAGUGGAGUUCGUACAGAUCCCAAAAAGCCAGAAUAUGGGGGCUGACGAAGUGUCAAAACUAGCAUCAUCAGAAGAAGGGAGGACGACCAUGGACUUGGCAAUAGAGGUCCAAAAACGCCCUAGUAUUGAAGAGGUUGCAGUGUUCACCCUCCAGAGCACAGACACCUGGAUGACGCCCAUAAUAUCUUUCCUCCAGGACGGGCACCUCCCUCAAAACACAAAAGAAGCCAGAAAGGUCAAGAAGAAAGCAGCCAGAUUCACGAUCCUGAAUGACGUCUUGUACAAGAGAGGCUUCUCUAUGCCUUACUUGAAGUGCGUCGACGAAGAAAAGGCCAAAUACAUCCUGGAGGAAGUACACGGUGGAAUCUGUAGCGACCAUGUCGACUCUAGAUCCCUGGUCAACAAGGUGAUAAGAGUAGGGUAUUUUUGGCCAACCAUGCAGGUGGACGCCGCUGAUCUCGUCAGAAGGUUCGGGAUUCCCUUGAUGAUCAUAUCUGAUAAUGGGAGGCAGUUCGACAACCAAGGCUUCAGAGAAUUCUACUCAGACCUUGGAAUCAAGAAUCAGUUCUCAUCCCUGAGACAUCCCCAGGCAAACGGACAGACGGAAGUGACGAACAGGACGCUGCUCAAGAUUAUCAAAACCAAGCUGGACGAAGCAAAAGGUGCCUGGCCAGAAGAACUACCUAGUGUCCUGUGGGCUUACAGGACCACAGCCAGAUGCUCGACAGGAGAGACACCCUUCAGGCUUACCUAUGGCACAGAGGCAGUAAUCCCAGUAGAGGUUGGAGUAACAAGCAUCAGACGAGGAACUUUUAGAGAAGGACUCAAUGACGAUGAACUGCGGCUCAACCUGGACUGCCUGGAUGAAGUAAGAGAUAAUGCAACCAGUAGAAUGACAAAGUAUCAAAAAAAGAUGACCGAGUACUACAACAAGAGGGUUAAACUCAGGCGACUGGACAUAGGGGACCUCGUCCUUCGCAAAAUCACUACAGCAACUAAAGACCCUACUCAAGGAAAAUUGGGCCCUACGUGGGAAGGGCCUUACCGCGUCAUUCACUACUCUAGACAAGGAAGUUACCAUCUAGAAACUAUGGACAGACAAAAGCUCCCUCGGCCAUGA